CUGUUGGAGCGGCUCUUGCGAUUUUCCUUUGGGCUUCGUCUGGUUCCUCUCCUGUGUCCGAUUUUUCUUUCUUCCUCGUUUCCUCUCCUCGUGCUUUGUCGCUUCUCUCUCGUCCGUCUUCUACAGCGCAUCCGUCGUUGCUGCAACUCACCACAACUUCAGAGUAUCUCUCGCCGUCCCUUCAAAUCAUCUCGUCGUUGUCUCUCGUGCGGUUGCUGGGCUCCGAUUUGUCACGUCAGGUCGCAAGGUACCGCCGCGAUUCUUUUGGCUGCCCGUUGAGCGGCUCACCAAUCUCCCCCACGUCUCACCACUGGCAACGUCCGUCUCGUUGGCUUCCGCUCAAGAAACCCGAGCUCUCGAGCACCCCUCCUCUCCAGCUUCUCUUUGCCCUGCGCUGCCUAUCGCAUCGCAUCGCAAACACUCGGUCCUCUGCGGAUUCCUCCCCGAGCUUCUGGGUUUCCGCUCCCACUUCCCGCCUCCCGUCUCCCUCCCGUCGUCAGAUCAGACCCCUCUGUGCCCACCGUGUCACUAGCUUCCUCGCUGAGUUGACCCCUGUCCUGUCAAACGCUACAAGGUACAUACUGUCACCGACCGCCGACUGCGCUCCACCUCGACCGACCGACUACAGCUCAUAGGUAGCCUUACCACCCUAUCUCUGUCGUCCAUCCUCUCCUGUUCCUCCCCUCCAAACCGUCCGCAUCCUCCGACUUCUCCUCCACGACAUCCUCGAGAAUGGCUGACGCUGGCACUCCCUCCAACACGGCCCAGCUGCCUCCUCCGCCUGAGCCCAAUGCUGGUGCCCAGGGCUUUCAAGGCGGCCAGAAUGGCAGCCAGGCUCUGCCUCCUCCGCCGCUGCAUAUCCCUCAGAAUACCAACCCGAUCCCGACUGCCAUCACUUCGCCCAGGUCUGGCGACCAGGGAGGCAUCAUGUCUCCCACGAGCGCUGGGGGCUUCCGCCGUGCCGCCCCUGAGCCUAACAAGCGCGCCCUCUAUGUCGGUGGAUUGGACCAGCGCGUGACAGAGGAUGUGUUGCGUCAGAUCUUUGAGACUACGGGUCAUGUCCAGAACGUAAAGAUCAUCCCUGACAAGAAUGCGCGGGGCUACAACUAUGGAUUCGUCGAGUACGAUGACCCUGGUGCUGCUGAGCGUGCUAUGCAGACCCUGAACGGACGACGGGUUCACCAAUCGGAAAUUCGAGUCAACUGGGCGUAUCAGUCAAACACGUCAAACAAGGAGGAUACUUCCAACCACUUCCACAUCUUUGUCGGCGAUUUGUCCAACGAGGUGAACGACGAGGUCCUUCUCCAGGCCUUCUCUGCUUUUGGUUCCGUCUCUGAGGCACGUGUCAUGUGGGAUAUGAAGACAGGCCGUUCUCGAGGUUACGGUUUUGUCGCCUUCCGGGACCGACCUGACGCCGAGAAGGCCCUGAGCUCCAUGGACGGCGAAUGGCUGGGCUCUCGAGCUAUCCGAUGCAACUGGGCGAACCAAAAGGGCCAGCCGUCCAUGGCUCAGCAGCAGGCCAUGCAGGCCAUGGGCAUGACCCCUACCACUCCCUACGGACACCACCAAUUCCCAGCGCAUGGCGUCGCUAGUUACGAAGUCAUCCUGACCCAAACCCCCAGCUGGCAGACCACCUGCUACGUCGGAAACCUCACCCCUUACACAACCCCCAACGAUGUUGUGCCGCUGUUCCAGAACUUUGGCUUCGUCGUCGAGUCGCGAUUCCAGGCCGACCGUGGAUUUGCUUUCAUUAAGAUGGACACACACGAGAAUGCCGCCAUGGCGAUCUGCCAAAUGAACGGAUACAAUGUCAACGGCCGACCCCUCAAGUGUAGCUGGGGCAAGGACAAGACGCCCAACGCUCAGGGAGGAUUUGACCCUGCUCAGCCAUACAGUCCCCAGAGCGCGCAAGCUCCUGGAUACCCGGGUACGCCUACCUUUUACCCCCAGUAUGGUGCCCAGUACGGCGGACAGCCCGGUAACUACGGCGGCCCCCAGACUGGUUCGCCGGCAGGAUACGGAGGAUCCCCGAUGGGAUACGCCGGCCCCCAGAGCGCCGGAGGCUAUGGACGGGGCCAGCAGCCCCCCAACGCCGAAUGGGCGCAGCCUCGCCCCGGACAAAACUUCAACAAUGGAUUUGGCGGUUACCAGGCCUAGGAGGCAAAACGAGACCAAAGCAAGACGAGAAGCUAAAAGCCGGACGAAAAUGAUGACCAGGGAUGCAAGUGUUUGUCAUUUGAGAUGACCAUACUCUGGGCAUUUCCCCCCUUUGCCUGUUACCCCCCUGUUUUCUUUCCACAUUUCUGAGGAUUCUUCUCAUCAGCUUGUCUUGUUGAUAUCUAUCUGCUGGCAUUUUUCAAGUUUUACUGCCUUGCCUUGCCUACAGAAGGGGAAUUCUGUCAUGUCCCUCCCCUGUUUCUGGGGGAAAGAGGUGGUUAUGGUUUUCUCUCUGUGUCUCUGUCUCUGUCUCUGUCUGUUUUGCUUACAAUCUACUGUAUGCAUGGAUCCGUGUUUUUACUUCUCUUCUCUUUUCGUCGACAAAAGUCGGGAGCGCCACAUGUUUCUCAAAUCUCUCUCAAUCUCUCUGUCUGUACGAGCGCUAAUCCCAGGAUACCAUCAACGUUUCACCUUAGCUUUGCGGCAUUUGGGUCAGGGACCAGUCUGGCAUUUCAUUUUUCCCUUAUCUGACGAGGUUAUGAAUGUUCCAUCCAAAUCUUGUGUAUCUGUCCUGUCUGUCAAUGGAGCGUCUGAUAUUUCAGUGGCUGGCGAGGGGGCGGCAAUUCCAUUCCAUGGAUCAUUAUUUGUGUAUCUAGCGGCGAGAUUUUCUUAACGGAUUUUUUCCUUGUCCCUUUUAUUUUCAUUUUUACCCUGGUACACGGCAUGAUGGAGAAGCGAGCAAGAAGAUGCCGUUGUAAAAUUGACUACCCAAGAGAUGGGGAGAAGAGGAUGGAGGUGAAGAGUGAGUCAGAAGGUGCCCAGAGAAUGUUGCUCUGGACACAAGGGAGUCUCGGGGAGGUUCUACGAGAGGAGG